UGACACCAAAGAUGGCCGCCUCUGACCGGAGUAGAGACGAUCAGGACAGCAUACUGGAGCCUCUGUGUUUCCCAGAGCACCCCCCCUCCUGCUCCAUCACUCCCAGUCUGCAGCCGUUGGGCGCUGAGCUGCUGGUGUGUCUCUUCUGCUCUGAGUCCGUCCCUCUGCAGCAGACAGACGUCCUCCUCAAACACCUGCUGCUGCAGCACAAGAUGGUCAUUGCUGACGUCAAGCUGGUCGCUGACCUCCCAAAGUACGCGUCCUACUGGAGGGGCAGGUUCUUGGAGCAGCCACUCACAGAUUUCUGCAGCGUCAUCAAGACCAACUCCACCGGGCCGGUCGAGAAGCAGGAGCACUACUUCCUGCUGUGUGACGUCCUUCCAGAGGACCGGACCCUCCGAGAGAAGCUGCAGCAGAAGAGACUGGAGGAGGUUCUGGAGCAGCAGCAGCAGGAGAGAGACGACAGCAGCUUCAGUCGACUCUGCAUGUUCUGCAGCGACGAGUUCACCGGAAACAGGUCGUCUCUGCUGAACCACAUGGCCAGAGAGCAUUCCUUCAGCAUCGGGCUGCCGGACAACAUCGUGUACUGCGACCAGUUUCUGGACACGCUGCAGAGCAAACUGGACGAUCUGCAGUGUUUGUACUGUGAGAAAAACUUCAGGGACAAAACCACGCUGAAGGAUCACAUGAGGAAGAAAGCUCACCGCCGCAUCAACGCCAGCAACCGCCUGUACGACCGCUUCUACAUCAUCAACUACCUGGAGCUGGGGAAGACCUGGGAGGAGGUGCAGAGUGAGGACGACCGGGAUCUGGUGGACGAGGAGGAGCAGGAUGAUUGGUCGGACUGGAGGGCUCAUCCGGUCUCUGCUGUUUGUCUCUUCUGUGAUCAUCAGUCUGAGACGAUGGAGCAGAUCUACACUCACAUGAAGGAAGCUCACGGCUUUGACCUCCACAAUCUGAGGACGGAGCUCAACCUCCGGUUCUACCAGCAGGUCAAACUGGUGAACUUCAUCCGGCGUGAGAUCCACCAGAGCCGCUGCUACGGCUGCCAGCAGAAGUUUGAGUCCAGAGACGACGUCAUCCGGCACCUCGAGGCCACCGGGCACGUGAUGAAGCUGCCGGACGCGUCGACCUGGAACCAGCCGCAGUAUUACUUCCCCACGUACGAGAACGACGCCCUCCUCUGUACGCUCUCUGACGACGACGACAACGAGACGAACCGCGGCGAGGACGUCCCGGUGAUCGCGGAGGACGUCUCCGACCUCAGAGCGCUGAGACGGACCAGCGUCCUCAACCAGCUGCUGAAGAGCCGGAGCUCCUGCAGCUAGUCCGGGGGGGGGACUGCCGAGGUUCUGGACACAUCUCUGUAUCGUUGUCCUGCAGAGGUCUCUGCACUUAAAGCAAACUGCUGAAAACUGAUGAUUCCACCCUGAACGUGCACUUUAAAAGGCUUCAGAGGCCUUCUCAGAAGUGCUGACUCAGCUUUAGUUCCUACUUAUUUCCAUUCAAGCAUCCGGAUGCAUGUUCACUGAUGUUAUGAGUUUGAGUCUUUUAAUCACUACUUCUUCUUCUUCAGUAGAUUAACGGUGCCGACAUGAAACUAAUAUUCAUGAUGAUGAGAACAAGACUUCAGUCACGUUUCACUUUGACGAUUUUCUGUUAAUUCAAUUAAACUUUUAUUAAUGUGUUAUUCCUCUUUGUCUUUGAGGACACAGUUUGUAGCAUUUUGAUGUGCAAAUUGUUCAUCAUUGUGACAUUUGUCAUGAAAACGUAACGUCACAUCUUCAGUUUAAUAAAAACGUGGCUUAGACAUUUACAUCCUGUGACUGUUGGUCACGUCGUUUUGAUAAAUUACAUUUCGUGAAGAAGCAUCAACAUUUCUGAUGGUUAACUUCAGUAUUUUAUCUUUUGCAUCAACAGGUUUUGUUUUAUUUUUGGUUUUUAUAUUUUCUUUGUUAAAGAGCUGCAGCACUGAGGAGGUUUGUAUUGUUCUUAUCUGUUUAACAUGCUGCUCACAGUCAGUUAACUACACAAAACUAACUGAACAGCUGGACGUGUGUGUGUGUGUGUGUGUGCGUGCUCCUCUGAAAGGCUGAUGAUAUAUUUCAUGUUCUGAGGUUGUCACUGUUUAAGCUCUAUAUGACACCAGCAUGUUUGCAUUAAAGCAACCAAACUAUA